AUGCCGUCCGGAGCAUAUCCACGAGUACCAGCUUACAGCAUACUCCCUAUACGCUGCAGUAUCAGUAGGACUCAAAUAGAAAAGAUCAACUUUCCUCAAGAGCAAACAAAAGAGGAGGAACAGAAGCCGGAUGCUGAAAACGUUCCUGAAGACAUUGGGGAGUUAUAUGGAAAAAUGGAUGGAGAUGACGAAGAAGAUGCAGAAAUUCGAAGCCUGCAACUUCUUACUUUCGAAAUCAAGCAGGAGAGUAUCGAGACUGUGCAGAAACGAUGUAUUGAAUUGGAAUAUCCACUUCUAGCAGAG